AUGUCCGCCCUUCCCACUAAUGUCCACGUCUCGAAGCAUCCUUGCCUCAGGGCAAAGCUGUCCCAGCUCAGAUCAAAGUCCAUGAAUGCCCGUGAGACUAAGGAUGUGGUUCACGAAAUCUCCUUGAUCUUAGCGACCGAAGCGUUGGCUAGCCUAGAGGUCGUCACCGCUGGCACAGACGAGUCGCCGAUAGGGUUCCAGUACGAUUUCGAAACCAUUUCUCCGCAGAAGGUCACACUUGUACCGAUCCUUCGUUCAGGCCUCGGAAUGCUCGAUGCGGCGCAAGCCAUCCUCCCCUUCCCAGUGCCCGUACACCACCUUGGCCUCUUCCGCGAGAAGAUCUCAUUACAGCCAGUCGAAUAUUACAACAACCUACCACAGUCCCAGUCUGCCGUUGCUAAGCUUGCUAUCAUCGUAGACCCCGUCGUCGCAACAGGUGGAACUGCAGUCGCAGCCAUUCAAACACUGAAAGAAUGGGGUGUCGAGCGCGUUAUCUUCAUCGGAAUUCUCGGUGCUGCCAAUGGUGUCGCAAAGGUGGCGGAGGAAUGGCCUGAAGGAGUAGAGGUCUGGAUGGGUGGCGUUGACCAGUCGCUGACUGACGCUGGCAUGAUCAAGCCAGGCCUGGGUGACGUUGGCGACCGCCUCUUCCUUACGCAUGGCAAAUAA